GCUCGUUGACAAACUACUCAGUUCGUUUUCCCUACUACAACGCUAAAGUUUGACCCUACGAGUUUAUCUACCGAUUCUUUGGCGUUCAGGUCUGGUCUGGAUUCACCAUUCACGGUGUGUUGGGUAGCCUCACUCCCUUUCAUCUCUUCCCGCUUUUCCUCUCGUCCAUCGUGCGCACGCAUCUCAUCAUCUACCCAAAACGCGGGGUUCAGCGUGUCGUAGUCAAUGGGGAUGAGGCUUGAAACUCGAAGGAUCGGACUGCUACUCGGUUAUCCUGGAUUCCCCGGGAUUGACUUGCAUAUUAAUACCAUGUCUACCUCACCUUUUCCCUCCAUAAGUCCGGGUGCAGGAAGGUUCUCUGUUAGAUAGCAUGGACCCUACUCUUACAAUCGGAAUCGCUGGAGUGACAUCUUACUUCAUCUUCAAAAGGACAGAGACCAUAGCGUUGAAGAAUCUCUUUAUCUUGCUCCUUGUCGUUCCAGGACUACUACUCGCAUUUGUGCAGCCUACGGACACUAGUUUCAUCCAGGGAGUCCUCUCUGUGCUUGGAUAUUACAUAACCAUCAUCGGUUGUACACUCCUCUAUCGUCUCUCACCAUGGCAUCCUCUCGCAGCGUACCCAGGGCCCCUGGUCUGCAAGAUCACGAAACUGAAAGGAGCAGCUGUCGGGAGGAGCGGGAAGCAGCAUCUUUAUUAUCAGAGUUUGCAUAGCCAAUAUGGAGAUGUCGUACGAAUCGGUCCAAACGAGUUAUCCUUUCUUCCUGUUGAAGCCAUCGAUCCCAUCUUGGGUAAGAAUGGCAUUCCCAAGGGCCCCUUUUGGGAUGGUAGAAUCCCCGAAACGCAAAAAAUUCAUUCCUUACUCGCUCUUCGCGACUUGGACGAGCAUAAACAUCGUCGGGUUCCUUGGAGCAAGGCUUUUACAACCAAUGCUCUUAAGGAAUACGAGGUUCUUGUCAGAGCCAAGACCGAUUUGUUCGCUGAACGGCUCUCCCUUGUUGGGAAAGAUGGAAGGAGUGACUUGGACAUCGGGGAGUGGUUCCGAUAUUACACAUACGAUUUAAUGACUGAUUUCGUAUUUUCUGGCGGUUCGAACAUGCUUCAGCAAGGGGAUCCGGAAGGUCUAUGGGAAGCGAUCCGAAGUGGUUUUGUUGGAGCGAUGAUUGGCUCUCAUGUACCAUGGCUCGGACGAAUUUCCUACAAGUUACCUACUCGAUUCUUUAAUAGUGGGCUUGUUGCGUUUAGGAACAAUAGCUUUCAAAGAGCCAUGAAGCGCACAGCAGAAGGAUCGAAAAGGAGGGAUUUGUAUUAUUAUCUGCUGGAUGAAGGAAAUCCCGACGCGAAACCCAAUGGGCCUCAAGCCAUUGCUGACGCUACUGUUGCAGUAAUAGGCGGUUCCGACACCACCUCAAUGACCUUGACGAUGAUUUUAUAUUACCUCAUCUCCCGUCCAAACGUCUAUCAAAGGUUGAAGCAGGAGAUAGACGCUACAGGCGACCAUUGGGAUGAUUCAACCUCCCAGGCCAAGAUGGCAUAUCUGAAUGGUGUCAUAAACGAAACACUUCGACUUUGGCCUCCAGCACUGAACGGCAGUCAAAGAGGAAUUCGGGCUGAUGCUUCUGGGAAAAUGAUCUUGGGAGGCUACGUCCCCUCCGGCACGAACGUGAACAUCCCUUUCUACUCCGUCCACCGCGAUUCCCGAAACUUUUCUCCUUUUCCCGAAGAGUUCAUUCCGGAACGAUGGCUCGACGAAGGUGAAAGGCUAAAACUCGAGCCUAGUAUCUUUAAAAACGCGGAAUACAACCACGACACUCAGGCUUUCCUUGCCUUCUCUGCUGGACCUGCGAACUGUGUCGGUAGGAAGUUGGCGAUGAUGGAGAUGCGGAUAGUCGUGUGCAUGUUGAUGAAGAAAUUUGAGGUCGAGUUUGCCAAGGGAAUGAUGCAGGGAAGGUUUGAGGAUACGGUAUUGGAUUAUUAUACGAUGCAGGUUGGGAAGUUGUGGGUGCGAUUGAAGGAGAAAUCUGUGUGACUUUCUGUAUCCUCUGCAGUCAAUGUAAUAAAGACACCGCACUGUGCAGAUUCCUGAAAGGAACCAAACCUGGAGUUUCGGCAAUGAUACACUAUUCUUUCCAUGCAAC